AUGUCGUCCCAUUUGCAGUGGAUGGUUAUCAGGAACUGCUCCAGCUUCCUCAUCAAGAGGAACGGACAGACCUACAGCACCGAGCCCAACAAUCUGAAGGCAAGAAAUUCCUUCCGCUUCAAUGGUUUGGUGCACAAGAAGACCGUCGGUGUGCAGCCAGCUGCCGAUGGCAAGGGUGUCGUGGUGGUGCUGAAGAAGCGUGCAGGCCAGCACAAACCUGCCACCUCUUAUGAAAAGAUCACCAUCAACAAGAACUCCCGGGCCACCCUCAACAGCCUGAGGCACAUCAUCCGCAAGAACAACUACAGGAAAGACAUGCGCAUGGCUGCCCUACGUCGCGCCAGCGCUAUUCUGAAGAGUCAGAAGCCAGUUGUGGUCAAAAAGAAGCGUACCAGGGCAACCAAGACUGCAUAAACUGAUGCAAGACACAUGACAAAAAAUAAAAGCUUUUCAUCUUGCAAACGC